AUGAAGAUUCAAGGCUUCGUUGCAAGCGCGUUUCUCCUGCUUCUGUCGGCGACUGAUGUCUUCGCCGCACCGGCCGAAGCAAAUUCCCUCGAAGCUCGGACUUCCCAUUGCGAUCGAAAGGAUUGGAAUUGCAAGAACUGGGACUGGAACAAGUGUGUCUGUAACGAUAAACACUGCCAGAAGGAUUUGAAAUGCAAAAAUUGGAACUGGGACAAGUGCAUUUGCAACGACAAGCAUUGUGACCGAAAGGAUUGGAAGUGUAAGGACUGGGACUGGAAUAAGUGUCUUUGCAACGACAAGCAGGUGUGCCACAAGGAUCCUAAGUGCAACAAUUGGGAUUGGAACAAGUGCAUUUGUAACGACAAGCAUUGUGAUCGAAAGGAUUGGAAGUGUAAGGACUGGGACUGGAACAAGUGUCUUUGCAACGACAAGCAGGUGUGCCACAAGGAUCCUAAGUGCAACAAUUGGGAUUGGAACAAGUGUGUCUGCAACGACAAGCAUUGUGAUCGAAAGGAUUGGAAGUGUAAGGAUUGGGACUGGAACAAGUGUGUCUGCAACGACAAGCAUUGUGAUCGAAAGGAUUGGAAGUGUAAGGAUUGGGACUGGAACAAGUGUGUCUGCAACGACAAGCAUUGUGAUCGAAAGGAUUGGAAGUGUAAGCACUGGGACUGGAACAAGUGUGUCUGCAACGACAAGCCUUGCCAGAAGGAUCCUAAGUGUAAGCACUGGGACUGGAACAAGUGUCUCUGCAACGACAAGCAUUGUGAUCGAAAGGAUUGGAAUUGUAAGGACUGGGACUGGAACAAGUGUCUUUGCAACGACAAGCCCUGCCAGAAGGAUCCUAAGUGCAAGGAUUGGGAUUGGAACAAAUGC